AUGAAUCAAGAUCGAUUAAUUAGUACAAUUGAAACACAUACUGGCGGUGAACCAUUUAGAAUCGUGACAAGUGGAUUACCUCGUUUGAAGGGGGACACAAUCGUUGCUAAAAGAACAUGGAUCAAAACUCACCACGAUGAAAUCCGCAAAUUUCUCAUGUAUGAACCACGAGGACAUGCUGAUAUGUAUGGAGGAUAUUUGGUUGACUCUGUUAGUGAUGAUGCUGAUUUUGGGGUGAUAUUCUUGCAUAAUGAAGGGUACAGUGACCAUUGUGGACAUGGAAUAAUUGCUUUGGCGUCAACGGCAGUGAAAUUGGGGUGGGUUGAGCGUACACAACCAAAGACGAGAGUUGGUAUUGAUGCUCCCUGUGGAUUUAUUGAAGCAUUUGUUAAAUGGGAUGGGGAAAAAGUGGGCAAUGUACGAUUUGUCAAUGUGCCUUCGUUUAUGUAUAUCAAGGAUGCUACAGUUGAUACACCUUCUUUUGGUGAAGUAAUUGGAGAUAUUGCAUUUGGUGGUGCUUUUUACUUUUAUAUGAACUCCGCUUCAUUGGAUAUUCCAAUUGGGUUAUCACAAGUUGAAACGCUAAGAAGAUUAGGAAAUGAAGUGAAAAUAGCAGCUAAUAAGAAAUAUAAAGUUGUUCAUCCAGAAAUUGCCGAAAUUAAUCACGUGUAUGGUACCAUAAUUGAUAAUAUUUCACCUGAUGGUGGUGCUAGUCAAUCCAAUGUGUGUAUUUUUGCCGAUCGACAAGUUGAUAGAUCACCCACAGGUUCAGGAACAGCAGGAAGAGCAGCACAGUUGUUUGCCAGAGGUGAAUUACAAGUAGGACAAGUUUUUACCAAUGAAUCGAUAGUUGGGUCUGUUUUCAGUGCUAAAGUUGUCAAACAAGUUAAAUAUCAUGGGUUUGAUGCGGUGAUUCCUGAAGUUGAAGGUAAUGCAAAUGUUAUUGGUUAUGCUAAUUGGAUUGUUGAUCCCGAUGAUGAAAUAGGAAAGGGGUUUCUAGUGAGAGAAUAA